AUGUCGCAUACGAUAGCUGUUCUGUACGAUUCUCCAUUUAGUUUGUACACAUCGGCAAGCUAUGGCGGAUUAGCCGAAGGCUUAUCUGUUCCUCUUACGACGCCGUUUCCUUUUCCAAAUUUCUUUUACAUUUUCCUUCCGUCUUCUUCAAUUAGUUCUUCCUCGACCAGUUUUCGAGCUUUUCUUUUUCUACGAAACCCUAGGAUUGGGUUCAUCAAGUUUUUCUUUUAGAACACCAAAUUGCUACAUAUUAUACACUAGACAACUUCUCAUCCCAACAAUUUACCCAUUCAAGCAAUUAUCAGUUCAUAGAUUGUUAAGUCUAUUUAGAUCAUUGUUUGAUAAUAGCUUUAUAGCUGGAGUUAAAAAGUAUACCCAAUAGGAACAACAAUGUUACCAUGUUGGAAUGAGUUGACCUAGCACCUAAAUGCGUUUAGGGCUUCUUUUGGCAACAACAGUUUUAUGUUUAUGAUUUGGAGAAAAACAUGGAAGUACCAAAGGAGAGGUUUCCUGUGAAUGCUGAGGAUUACAAGGUAUAUGAAGAAGUUGGUGAAGGAGUCAGUGCCUCUGUGUACAGGGCGCUCUGUGUUCCCUUGAACAAGAUAGUUGCAAUCAAGGUUCUUGAUUUGGAGAAGUGUAAUAAUGACCUGGAUGGCAUACGUCGUGAGGUACAGACCAUGAGCCUGAUCGAUCAUCCAAAUUUGUUACGGGCAUACUGUUCUUUCACAACCGGCCACAACCUUUGGGUUGUUAUGCCAUAUAUGGCUGGCGGGUCAUGUCUUCACAUAAUGAAAACUUCUUUUCCAGAAGGUUUUGAAGAGCCUGUCAUUGCUACAUUGCUUCGAGAAGUCCUUAAAGCAUUAGUCUAUCUUCAUGCACAUGGACACAUUCACAGAGACGUGAAGGCAGGGAAUAUAUUAGUUGAUUUUAAUGGCUCCAUAAAGUUAGCUGACUUUGGAGUAUCUGCAUGCAUGUUUGACACUGGGGAUAGGCAACGUGUUAGAAACACCUUUGUGGGAACUCCUUGUUGGAUGGCACCGGAGGUCAUGCAACAAUUACAUGGGUAUGACUUUAAAGCAGACAUCUGGUCAUUUGGAAUCACAGCACUCGAACUUGCUCAUGGCCAUGCACCAUUUUCAAAGUAUCCUCCAAUGAAAGUUUUGCUUAUGACUCUACAAAAUGCUCCACCAGGUCUUGAUUAUGAAAGGGACAAAAA